AUGUCACCAUCAUAUGGGAAUAGUAACGCAACUAUCCCUCCAAAUAAGGGUGGAAAACGCUACAAUAUGAAUGAAGUGUUUCAAGUCUGGUAUGAGAAUAAAGACCAAAUAUUGGAUUCAAACCUUGAGUUACCAGUACAAAAUAAUGAGAAUUAUAAGUUAAGCAAGCCAGGACAGAUUUACCAUUUAGACCUACAACCAUCUGGUCCUACAAAUAAUAGUCAAGAAAGCUAUAACGGAUCUGCAUCUGAGAUAAUUGAGUCAUUAGAUAAAUUGUCAACGGCGGAAGGCAUGGAUUUUGCAUCGCAAAUGAAGUCACAGGGACCACCUCCAGGCAUGAAUCUUCCCAACUAUGACUCUCAAUCUGACUAUGAACAACCUUCGGGACAAUCGCAGCUUGCGCUUUUAACAUCCGACAAAAUUGAAUGGUUUUAUGUCGAUCCAAGUGGCAAUGAACAAGGUCCAUUUAUCGGUGAUAUGAUGCAAGAAUGGUUGACUGACGGCUAUUUAAAUCUUGACUUGAAAAUUAGAAGAAAGGAAGAGAGGAAUUAUCAGACUUUGAAGGAGUUAUGUGAUAAGGUUCAAAACUACAUUCAGCCAUUUAAAGUGCCUCUUCCUGAUUUAUCAAAUGUCGGCAGUUCGGUAUCUAACGACGACCAGUCAUCAUUCACCUCGUCUGGAAUACAACCUUCCCAGUCCCAAUUUCAACAAUUUUUAGGCGGACCUAGCAAUCUUGGAGUAGGAAAUAUGAGAUUGAAUUCUUCUAUUAAUCCACAAAGCAAUUUGUUCGGAAAUGACUUCAUAAAUCAUCACAAUGAUCCAUUUUCGAGCCCUUUAACUCCACUGGCAACUAGCGCCUUUUCAAACCCAAAUCAAUUCGGUAUUGAUUCAAUGAAUUCGGGUAUUGGGUUCAAUCAUUCUCAACCAUUGAGUAACCCAUUACAACAUAUUAAUAACAUGCCGUCAUUAUUGCUGCAACAAAACUCAGUUUUGUCAAGUAGCAACAGUGGUUGGGGAAUUGAUCCUCAAAAUGGGCGUAUUGGAAGUACCCCAGGAACCCCUGUAUCGGUUGCUCCUGUACUUCCUUCACAGAUGUCUCAAGCACCUAUGUCCCCAUGGUUAUCUGGGGUCCAAUCGCUGUCUCGCGUUAGUUCACCAUUCGUACCAUCUUCUACCUUAGCUAAUAGUGAGAAGCAGGGCAGUAGUGAACAACCAUCUCCAAAUCAAAAUCAUAGCAACCAGCAUGAUGCUGUAUUAGAUGGUAUUCACACAUCUGUUGUGACGGACAUUUUAAACGAUGGUGAAGAGGAGUCAACUGAGUCUGCAGUUGAUCAACAAAAACAAAAACAAAAGCAACAAAAACAACAAAAACAAGCAACACAACAAAAUAAGACCGUAUUACAAAAAGAGAAGAAAUCAGAUGAAAACAAGGUACCAUAUCAAUCUCAUUCAGAAGCUCAACAAGUUCUCGAUUCAAAAGCUAACACCGAUUCAAAGAAUGUAUCCACCUUACCUGUUGAGUCUUCAGUACACGAGGAUAAUGAACCGAAAUCGACAAAUUCUCAACCAAUACUUGCUCCUUGGGCAUCAGUAACUUCUACCAAUCAGGAUUCUAACACCAAGCCCGCAUUAACAUUAAAAGAAAUUCAAAUGGUUGAAGCAGAAAGGGUUAAAGAACAAAAGCAAAUUGAAGCCGCUAUCAAGAAUGAACAACUUUCCAAAGCUAAGCUUGAAGAAAAACCUGUUGAAGAAAAGCCAAGUCUUCCAAAGGCUUCAAGUUGGGGUGUUAAUGCCAAUUCCAAACCUGUUGUAGCAAAGAAAACGUUAGCUGAAAUUCAACGAGAAGAAUUCGAAGCUGCCAAAGCCAAGGCUAAGGCUGCCAAUGUCUUACCUGUUGCAUCUACAGCAUCUAAAUCCUCCUUUGCUAAUGCAUUAGCCAAUUCUGUUCCAAAGGAUGACAGUCCUUGGACAGUAGUGACUCCUAAAAAGCCACUUGUUAAAAAGCCAUCGCAAUCGACUAUCUCUACGACUACCACCCCAGCUUCUAAAGCAAAUCCACAAUUAUUACGCUCAGUAUCUGCUGUGAAGCCUCUCAAAUCAACAGCAAACAGUAUGGCAUUGAAAGAAGAGUUCCUUAUCUGGGCAAGGUCCUCCAUGACUAAUUUAUAUCCUACCGUUUCGAAAGAUGAUUUAUUAGAUAUUUUUACUACUUUACCUCUGAACAAUGAUUCUUCGCAAUUGAUUUCAGAAACCAUUUAUAGUUCAUCUGCUACAAUGGAUGGAAGAAGAUUUGCUCAAGAAUUCUUAAAGAGAAGACAAAAAGUAGAACAACAAAUUGGAGCUCAAGACGAAGUAUCCUGGGGUUCAGCUAUCAUUUCUAGUGCCGACAAAGUUUCGACUAUUGACGAAGAAGGUUGGAGCACUAGUGUCAAAUCUAAGAAGAAAAAUAAGAAAUUUUAA